UUUUAUAUGAUGCUGAAGUAAUUUUUUUUUUCACAUACGUAUGACUGCGGAAAAAUGACAAAGUUUACGUGUGUAAUUUGAAUUUGCAGAAAAGCACACGCAUCGAUUUUUUUUAUUUGAUUUUAACGUAGAGAUGGUACUAAGCGGCAGUGUUUAUAUGAGUUGUCAUCGUAUUUAAACAGUUUGGGUGAGAGAAUUACGGUGAAAAAGUGUUAUUGAUUGAAACAUAUGUUAAAAAUCAAACGUCAUGACGAAUACACGGAAAUCAUCACGAUCCAGGGCCAUUUUUAUGUCACAACUAUUCUUAUCAAUAAUAUUGGUAAUUUGUACGAGUUGCCUUAUAGAUAGUGUCCAAUGCGAUGCGGCUUCAGGCCAAAUAUCAUCGUCUGCUAUUCCAAGCACGAUUGCAACAAAUUUAACGUCGCCAACUCAGGGCACAAGUACUACAAGCAACGUUACCAGCAGUACACCGAAAUUGAAUCAAAGUGUAAGCACUCCGAAUGACAAUAAUCAUUUGGUUAAACCAUCGUCAUCAGUUGCCCCAGAGAUUUCGUCAGAUGGCGAUAAUAAAGAAUCGGAUGCCAAUAAUACCGUUAGCAAAACAGAUGAAUCGAAAGCCGUGGAGCAAGAGCACAAUAAUUCAAUGGCCAUAUUUUUUGUGUUAUGUAUCAUUGCAUUGGGAAUACUUCUGAUUCAUACAAUGCUUGAGACAGGCUUUCAAUACUUGCCAGAGAGUAUUGUAGUCGUGUUUUUGGGCGCACUCAUUGGGCUUUUAAUAAAUUUACUGUCAGAUCAAAGUCCAAAUUGGAAACGUGAACAAGUUUUUUCACCGACCGCAUUCUUUUUGGUACUUUUGCCACCAAUCAUCUUUGAAAGUGGAUACAAUUUACAUAAAGGAAACUUUUUUCAAAACAUUGGAUCGAUUCUAGCUUUUGCUAUUGUUGGCACCACUAUAUCGGCAUUCACAAUCGGAGCAGGAAUUUACAUUUUGGGUAUGGCUGAUGUUGCCUAUCGAUUAAAUUUUGUGGAAAGUUUUGCAUUUGGCUCCCUAAUUUCUGCGGUCGAUCCAGUUGCAACUGUAGCCAUAUUUCAUGCCAUCGACGUUGAUCCUGUUUUAAACAUGUUGGUGUUUGGCGAAAGUAUUUUAAACGAUGCCAUUGCUAUUGUUUUAACAACAACGGUUUCUCGUAUCCCUGACUCGGAUUUUUCGGAAGCAAUUUGGUCUGGAUUUAAAACAUUUUUAACAAUGUUCUUUGCAUCGGCCGGCAUUGGAGUUGUAUUUGCGUUGAUUAGUGCGCUUCUUUUGAAGCAUAUUGAUUUGCGAAAGCAUCCAUCCUUGGAAUUCGGUCUGAUGUUGGUAUUCACAUAUGCACCGUACGUACUUGCCGAAGGUAUACAUUUGUCAGGCAUAAUGGCGAUUUUAUUCUGCGGCAUUGUAAUGAGCCAUUACACUCAUUUCAACUUGUCAACAGUGACUCAAAUAACCAUGCAGCAAACUAUGCGAACAUUGUCAUUCAUUGCAGAAACAUGUGUUUUUGCUUAUUUGGGUUUGGCAAUAUUUUCGUUUGAGCAUCGCUGUGAAUUGGCUCUCGUCAUAUGGGCAAUCAUUUUGUGUUUAAUUGGACGUGCAUGUAAUAUAUUCCCACUGGCGUAUAUGGUGAACAAAUUCCGUGAGCACAAAAUCACCAAUAAAAUGCAAUUUGUAAUGUGGUUUUCGGGGCUGCGAGGUGCCAUUUCCUAUGCACUAUCAUUGCAUGUAGAAUUUGCCAGAGAAGAAUCCCGUCGAGUGAUGAUUACAACCACACUAAUUAUUGUCUUGUUUACGACUCUUGUUUUUGGUGGAUCGACAAUGCCGUUGUUGCGAUAUUUGCAGCCGGGUAAAAAAUCAAAUAAACGUUUGCGAAAACAUUCGGGAAGAGGACGAAAAAGUUCAAUAUCGUUAAGUAAAACACGUGAAUGGGGUCAUGCAAUUGAUAGUGAACAUUUGUCAGAGUUCACGGAAGACGACGAAGUUGGUGUUACAGUAAGACUUGGUGGUUUCGCUCUAUGGGACACAAAAUAUUUAAAGCCAUUCUUUACAAGACGAUUUACAACACAAGAGCUACACGAUUGCAAGAGUCAAAUGACCGAUUUAACCAAUAAAUGGUAUCAGGCGAUUAGAGUGUCGCCCGAUCACAGCGAUGAAGAGGAUCUAGGAACUGCAUCAACGCUACCGAUGGCAUCGCGGAUGGCAUCACCAGGCACAUCAAACAGUACAAGCAUUCAAAGCUUUACAACAAACGCAUAGACACAAUAAAUAUACUUAUGAAUUUAGACGUAAUUUUUACACCAACAACUCAGUGCAAACACAACGCCUUCAGUUCGGAUAACGAGAUAGAGUAGUUGAAUGUAAAUUUGAGAACAUUAGCACAAAAUGAUAAUAAGAACCAAUUCGAAUGCUAUAAGAAUGUUUCAUGUGCUGUGAGGUGCUAUAAAGAUGCGACACAUUUUUAGUAUUGAAUAUCUUUUCUUCGAUGUUUUGCUUAAACGUACAGUUUUAAAAUUAAUUUAUUUAAAAUGUAAGCAUGCGAUAUAUUCAAUAUUUAUUUGAAGCGAGUAGAUAGUUUUUCGACAGUAGAUAUUGCACAGAAAAAAAGGUUCGUCACCUGAAAAGACGCCGGUCGCAAGUAUUAAAUAGUCCAAAGAUUUAAGUCGAAAAGGUCAAAAGUGAAGGUGAAAACUUGAAGUGAUUUUUACACAUUUUGAGAUUACUUAUGUCUCAAAACAAAACAAAAAAGAUCCACGUGUUUGACAUGUAUAAUUUAUUUUUAUUUUGGUGUGACUUAGUUACCAACGUUUUUUUUCAAUGGCUGUUGGUUUUCAUUUGUGAUAUGAUAUGAUCAGCAUCAAGUCGAGUUACAUUGUUUUUUUUUUU